AUGAUGCAGGAUCCUCACAUCCUCCAGUAUUCAACUGGGAGUGCUGCUUUGGUCAUGGAUACAAUUUUGCUGAAAUGCAAAGGUAAGUGGUCCAAUGCAUCGAUGACUCUGGGUGGACCUCGGGUUUUGUCAGACGAAGCUUGUGUGCGGAGCAUCCUGGCAGCCCAUGUGGCAUGGCGCGAGGGCCCCCAGCGGCUGUCAAUGGUGGGCAGAGUGCAGCCAAUCGUCGGUGUGACAAACGAAGAACUGUGGGAUGCAUUGUCGCCCAGUUGGCGGCAAUUAGCAUUGCAGCCAGUGGCAUCCGCCCAGCCAGCCAUUGCAGCAUUUGGUGCUUGGUGGCCUGUAUUGCGAUUGCUUUGGGCGGAUGCUGGUGCUGUUCUGGGGUGCGGCCGCAGCAACGUCGGGAAAAAAACAUCAGGCUUGGAAGCGGAACUUUGCCUUUGGGCUAUUCUGGGGCGCCUGGCAGAUGAACUGCGGCCAUGGGAGGAUUUUGUAGGUUCUGACUCUCCAGUACUGCUUAGUGCCACCUUCCUGUUGGGAUGGUUUGCCAUGAAGACCAUGCCCUUGUUGAAACCAAGUGCGCUGCCAGCGGCUGAAUCCCUGUUGGAACUCCUCUCUGAGAUCGUCAUUGCAGGCGAGGCGGCCAAUGUGCAGAAACUCUACACCAGCACAAUGUCCAACGAGGACUGGCGGGUUCUCUUCAGCUGUGUCUUGCAAACUAGCCAACCACGUCGCUACCUAUUGCUGGACCGACUGGAUUUGAAUUUGCCAAACCGUGCCCGAAAGCGCUUGGUGAAAGCGAACUCAGCUCAACCGUUAGAGGAACUACUUCAGCCUGAGAGCGAUACACAUGGCAAGUAA